AUGUUUGGUGUGGGUCGCCGUUGGUCUGGAACUCCCAUUUCCGAGUUGAAGCCACUUUGGUACCAUCCCUCUUCGGAAUUGGUUCUUCACGACUAUCAUCUAGUUCUCUUCGUUGAUGAGCGCUGUGUCAAAGAAGAUUCAAUGUCUCUGGAAGUGAUUAGCUUAGAACCCCUGGCUGAAUUACGAGCCAAGUACCUCAGUAUGAACCAAUACCUCCAGAUCCGAUACGCCAAAGCAAUACCGGAGACUCUCAACGAGCGGCGACGGCUGAAUCAGGUAGGGUAG